UGUAUAUGAAACAUAAAUAAAAUAAAAUACUUUCAUUUCGGAGAUUUUUUUAGCAAAAUUUGCAAGUAAAUAUUCAUAGUAUUCAGAGCUUUUCAAUUUUAUACCAAUACUGGAUUGUUUUUCGUACAACUUUUAGUUUUGUGGCUAUAUCGAAUAUCGAAUGGAGACUAAGUUACUCGAAGUAUCACCGGAUGGCCCUUUGACCUUCUCCAGAGCGAAUGGCUGCCAGGAACUUCUCAUCCAGAAUGUCAGCCAAGAGGCGGUUACCUACAAGCUUCAAAGCACUGUGUUUGGGAAGUUCAGUUUUAGGCCGCGCUGGGGCGUCUUGAAGGCGAAGGAGCACACCCACGUCCUCAUCUCGAUGAGCCAGGAGGCAGAGCUCUCGGAGAAGGGCCGCGACAAGAUUGUGAUUGUCUGCAUGACGGCGCCCAUCAAUGAAGUGGACUACGAGGCCACCGCAUCCUUCUGGCGGCACAAUAUCUGCUACAAUCCCCGAGUCGAGAAGCACCAGCUCACCUGCCGGGCGGCGGAUGGCAAUGAGCUGGAGGUGGUUAGGUCCAGGGAUUCCAAACGGGAAGAGAGUCAGUCAGUUGCGUCCCUACGCACUGAGAGAAAGAUCUGGCGGUAGUGCUCCAGGAGUGGCAAUUACAUCGCCCGGCUUCUGCUCCCUUACUGUUUCUGGGUCCUAAUGGCCAGAAUGACUCGGUAAUUGGUUAGUCGCCUUACCCAGUCGGCAUACCUCAAUGGCCCAACAAUGUUCAUGAUGAGCCUUCAUUAAAAACUAAAAGCAUG